AUGUUUCCUGGAGCUGAAGAGGGGAACUUCGGAGACCUCACUCACGAUCUGAGCAUUCGGCAGCAGGGAGUAAAGGUGGACAUGGCCAGGGGCUACACUGGAUCCAGCAGCCUGGCCUGGUCCCUUCAACUAACCCUGGCAUGCACUCUGCUGGGGGCCUGUGGAGGGAGCCGCCUGAUCCAAGCUAGACAUUGGGGACACCAUGGGCUGGUAGCCAAUCUGGAUGCAGGCCAGCUGCAUCUGGCAGAGAUGGACACAUCGGAGGAAUCUGGCCCUGGGACUCUCCCAGAACUCUGUGCGGCAGCAAGUCCCAGGUGUGAAUACUUCCUGCAUCACCUCCAAAGUGCUCUCCGGAGUCAGGUCCACCUGCCACUCUGCGCUGAGCUCUGCGAGGACUGGCUCUCCUCCUGUGAAGCUGAUGUCAUCUGUGGUCAUGCUUGGCUGUCACCGCCCGAAGGGAGGAGCUGUGAGCUUGGCUGCCGUACCUAUGGGCAGACCUUCGUGGAUGGCGAGCACCUUUGCCGCUCGGUUCUGGGCCGCACCUGGGCGGUGGCAGCUCCAGGAUCCCGACGCUGCCUUGACGUCUCUGCCUCGGUGCUGCCGCGUCCCAGACCCCGGCGGCGGGCCCGGGAGGCCACUUCCUGGCGUCUCCGGCGGCGCCCUCGUACCUCGAUCCUGGACCCUGCCUCCAGUGGAAGUGGCAGUGGAAGCGGCAGCGGGCCCUAG